AUGACAGUGACAAUAUUGUUUUCUUUCUUGUCAAUAGUACGGCACAUUGCAAUUAUUGGUGCCGGUGCAGCUGGAUCUUCGGCAGUUUUUUUCCUCCACAAACAACUUCUCACUCUAGGUCACAGAGAUAAAGUAGAAAUAACAGUCUAUGAAAAAGAGUCCAAAGUGGGAGGUCGAGCAGCGCUUAUUCAUCCUUAUAACGAUUCAAAAUACGAUCCAGUUGAGAUAGGCGCCUCAAUAUAUGCUUCUGUCAAUUUACAUCUGGUACGUGCCAUUGAACAAUUUGGUUUGAGUCCAGCAUAUCGUAUCAUUGAUGACAAUCAUGUAAGUUAUCUUUAUGAUGGGAAAACAAUACUUGUUGACAUGGAUGAUGUAACUUCUAGAUACAAUCUAUUAUCUCUUACGAGAUUGAAAAUGUUAACUGAAACCAGUGUUCACCAUUUUCUUCGUCUUUAUCAACGAAAUUUUCAACUAUUGAACGGACCAUUUCGAACCGUUGCAGCCUACGUCAAAGCAAUAGACUUAAAACCACAACUCAAUGAAUCUGGCUUCAGAUUUCUUGUGAAUAACGGGGUGGAUGAAAUGACUGUCAAUGAGUUUGUUGAUAGUCUUACACAAGGAACUUAUGGACAACAAGUAACACAACUUCAUGCAGUUAUGACUAUAAUAGCUAUGGCUGGUAGCGGUCAAUCGAUUAAAGGAGGAAAUUAUAAAAUUUUUGAAUCGAUGCACUUUUCUACACUUCUCUAUCCACGCAAUGAGCGUCUUGUCAAAUUAUUCAGUCCCAACUAUUUAGACGAUUCCAAACUCGCAAAAAUCGUUGGUAGUCGGGCAAAUAUCGGUUGGAUAUACAGAAAAAUGUGGUAUGCUUAUCCUCGAGCACCACCAAGAAAUGAUACGGUGUUUCCUCCAAUCAAUCCUGACAAAGGUCUAUAUUAUGUUAAUGCAUUUGAAAGUUUUAUUAGUACGAUGGAAACUCAAUGUGUAGCUGCACACAAUAUCAUUCGACUAUUUUUAAUCGAUUUCGGCUACGAUGAGAAAGCAGCUACGCUCGCCGAUGACUAUUGGAUUGAUACAGCAGUUUAA